GACUCCCUGGAUCUCCACAAUUACUUCUACCUGGGACAAUAUAUGCGGGCAAACGUUGUCUCCGUUGGAAGUAAUGCGGCUGACGCCAAUCCCAAGACCCGGCGCCGCAUUGAGCUUUCCGUCGACCCCCGACAGGCCAACUCCGGCCUUUCGAAGUCAGACCUCAUUAUGAACGCUGCAGUUCAAGCUUCGGUUGUCAGCGUGGAGGAUCACGGUUUGGUUAUGGACCUGGGUAUUGAAGGUGCUGAGGUCAAGGGAUUCAUGUCAUCGAAGGAAAUCGACCCCAAGACGGACUCUUCGACCAUCAAGGAAGGUUCCGUGUUUCUGUGUAUGGUGACUGGUCAGAAUGCCAACGGUAGUGUCAUCAAACUCUCGGCAAACCUUCAGUCCGCUGGGUCCAUCAAGAAGUCGCACUAUCUCAGCAAUGCCCCUACGAUCAGCUCUUUCCUCCCCGGUACCGCAGCGGAGAUCCUGUUGACGGAGGUGACAUCGACUGGAAUGGUUGGAAAGAUUAUGGGCAUGUUGGAUGCCACCGUGGACUUUGUUCAAUCUGGGGCCAAUACAGGAAAGGAGGACCUGGUCAAGAAGUACCAAACGGGUGCGAAGAUCAAGGCUCGCUUGGUCUGUACUUUCCCCGCCUCUGAGCCUUUCAAGGUCGGAUUCACAUUGCUCGACCAUGUCGCCAAAUUCGCGUCCGACAGCCAUGGACCGGGCUCCUCCAACGAUGCACCUGCUAUCUCUGCCAUUUUGCCCGAGGCUAAAGUCAUUCAAGUCGACCCUGGAAUGGGUGUCUACGUCCAAAUCGGAUCUACGAAGCACAUUGGUUUCGUCCACGUCUCGAGAUUGGCCGAUGGCCAAGUGGAAAAUAUUUCGGCUGAGCAUGGCCCCUUCAGCUUGAACACCGUACACGAAGCCAGAGUUGUUGGCUACAGCCACAUCGACAACCUCUACCUGCUGUCUUUCGAGAGGAAGAUUAUCGAUCAGCCAUUCCUCCGCCUCGAGGAUGUGACAGUGGGAGCGGUUGUCAAAGGAACGAUUGAGAAGCUUUUGAUUGGAGCAAACGGCCUUGAUGGUCUUAUCGUCGUCCUGGCUGACGGGAUCACCGGUCUUGUGCCUUCCAUGCACUUUGCUGAUACUCUUCUUCAAUUUCCUGAGAAGAAGUUCCGUGAGGGUAUGACGGUCUCGGCCAGGAUUCUCUCGGUCAACCUGGAGAAGCGCCAGAUUCGUCUGACUCUGAAGAAGAGUCUCCUGAACAGCGAGUCCGCUAUCUGGAAGGACUACAAAGACAUUACCCCUGGAUCGCAGUCUCCAGGUACUAUUGUCAGCAUCAAGUCUCAUGGUGCAGUGGUUCAGUUCUAUGGUACCAUCCGCGGUUUCCUUCCUGUCUCGGAGAUGAGUGAGGCUUACAUCAGAGAUCCGUCGCAGCACUUCAGACAAGGUCAGGUUGUCAACGUGCAUGCACUCAGUGUGGACGCCUCGCUUGAGAAACUCGUGGUGUCUUGCAAAGAUCCUUCGACUUUCACCGAAACCUACAAGGAGGCCUUCGAGAAGAUCCACCCUGGCUUGCUCGUUUCGGGUACCGUGUUCGAGAAGUCCAGCGAUGAUAUGCUCCUCAAACUGGACGAGUACGGCCUUGUGGCUAGACUUAACCUUGAACAUGUUAUCGACGGUUCUCCCUCGAAGCAGGCUUCGACUCUUUCGAAGAUCCGCGUCGGUCAAAAGCUUAACGAGCUCCUUGUUCUCGACAUCCAACGGGCCCAUAGGCUCAUCAAGGUUUCCGGCAGACAAUCCCUCAAGAAAGCUGUCAAGCAAGGUUCCAUGCCUGGUUCCUUUGAAGAUCUCAAGGAGGGCGCUGAGGUCACUGGCUUUGUCCGCAACAUCGCCCAGACUGGUUUGUUCGUCGAGUUCAUGGGUGGUCUGAUUGGUCUCGUUCCCAAGCGUCUCAUCGCCGAUGAGAACGUGAACAAGCCCAGCUACGAUAUGGUUAGGUCACAAGUUGUCACUGCGACGGUCCACUCGCUCGACGCUGAUUUCAAGCGAUUCAUCUUGAGCAUGAAGCCCUCUGAAGCUACCCGCGCUGGCGCUAAGAAGCCCGCCGCCAAGCCCGCUCCUACCAACGAUGCAGUUACCAAUGCUAUCGAUGAGAGCAUCACCUCGAUGUCUGACUUCACCUUCGGAAGAAUCGUCAAGUGCAAGGUCGUUUCCGUCCGCGCAACUCAAGUCAACGUUCAGCUCGCCGAUAACAUUCAGGGUCGGAUUGACGUUUCUGAAGUAUUCGACAAGUGGGAGGAUAUCAACGACCGCAAACAGCCUCUUCGUUCCUUCCGACCUAAGCAGGAGAUUGAGGCCAGGAUCUUGGGAGUCCACGAUGCUCGCAAUCACAAAUUCCUUCCCAUCAGCCACCGUACCGGAAAGUUCCCCGUCUUCGAACUUUCCAUCAAGCCAAGCUUCUUGAAGGCCAGCAACCCCACCCCGCUCAACUUGGAGCAGGUCCAGAAUGGCUCGUCUUGGGUGGGCUUUGUCAACAACGUCGCGGACAACUGCCUUUGGAUCAACCUGUCUCCCAAUGUCCGUGGAAGACUGCGCCUCAUGGAUGCUUCGGAUGAUCUCUCCCUUCUGGCUGACGUUGACAAGCAUUAUCCUAUUGGCUCUGCCGUCAAGGUGCAUGUCACGGCAGUCGACGCUGAGAAGGGUCGUCUUGACCUGUCUGCUAGACAGCGUUCUGAUAAGCUCUCAUUCGAUGACAUUUCGACUGGUAUGAUUCUGCCCGGUAGGGUCACCAAAGUGACCGAGAGACAGGUCAUCCUGCAACUCAGCGACUCGAUCGUCGGUGCGGUUGAUUUGAUUGACAUGGCAGAUGACUACACGAAGGCCAACCCUACCGUCUACCAGAAGAACGAGGUUCUGCGUGCCUAUGUCGUGAGCGUCGAUAAGGCCAAGAAGAAGAUUUCCCUUUCAACGCGCCCAUCGAAGGUUCUCAGCUCGGGUCUACCCGUGCAGGACAAGGAGAUCACUUCCAUCAAAGACCUCGCCGUCAACGAUGUGGUCCGUGGCUUCAUCCGCAGAGUCGCCGAUAACGGUCUCUUCGUGACUGUUGGCCAUGGUGUCACUGCCUACGUCCGUGUCUCUGACCUCUCGGACUCCUAUCUCAAGGAGUGGAAGGAUUCCUUCCAGAACGAUCAACUGGUCAAGGGUCGUGUUACUGUGGCCGAUGCCGAGCAAGGCAAGCUGCAGAUGAGCUUGAAAGAGUCGGUCUUGGAUCCCAACUACAAGGCCCCGCUCACCCUCCACGACCUUAAGCCUGGUCAGGUCGUCACCGGAAAGAUCCGCAAGGUGCAAGAUUUCGGUGCUUUCAUCGUCAUUGACGGCUCCGCCAACAUUAGUGGUCUUUGCCACCGCAGUGAAAUGGCCGAUAAGCGUGUUGAUGAUGCUCGCACUCUCUACGAGGAGGGUGACGCUGUCAAGGCGGUCAUCUUGAAGAUUGACCGUAAGCAAGAAAAGGUCUCUUUCAGCCUUAAGGCUUCAUACUUCAACGACGAGGAUGAAGAUGAAGAUGAAGACAGCGAAGAGGACGGCGACGAGUCGGAAGGCGUCAGCCUCGAUGGCUUCGGUGGAGUUGAUGUCGAGGACAGUGAUGAGGACAGCGAUGUGUCCAUGGGUGGAGUUGAUGUCGACGAUGAUGAGGACAGUGGAAGCGAGAGCGAGGAUGAGUCCAUGGAUGAAGCACCUUCCGCUCAACAAGGAGGACUCGGUGCAAACGCCUUCGACUGGAACGGCAACUCCAAGGACACGGAGGAAGCGGUGGAGUCCGAUUCCGACUCAGAUGCUGAGUCUCGCCCUAAGAAGAAGAAGAACCGCAAGCCUGAGAUUCAAGUUGACCGAACCGGCGAUUUGGAUGCCAAUGGACCUCAGUCUGUGGCCGACUACGAGCGAUUGCUCCUUGGUGAGCCUGAUUCUUCGGUUCUUUGGCUGCAGUACAUGGCCUUCCAAUUGGAGUUGGGUGAGGUAGAGAAGGCCAAGGAGAUCGCCGAGCGUGCCCUCCGCACCAUCACCAUUGGACAAGAUGCCGAGAAGUUGAACAUCUGGGUUGCAAUGCUGAACUUGGAGAACACCUACGGCACUGAGGACUCCUUGGAGGAGGUCUUCAAGCGCGCCUGUCAAUACAACGACACUCAGGAGGUCUAUGAACGGUUGAUCAGCAUCUACAUCCAGUCCGGGAAGAACGAGAAAGCGGACGAGCUCUUCCAGACUGCCCUCAAGAAGAAGGUCUUCGCGUCCUCGAAGUUCUAUGUCAACUACGCCAGCUUCCUGUUCGACACCAUGGCUGAUCCCGAGCGUGGCCGCGCCCUGCUUCCCCGCGCCCUGCAGUCACUGCCCUCCACCACCCACGUGGAGACGACCUCCAAGUUCGCGCAGAUCGAGUUCCGGUCCGAGAACGGCGACGUCGAGCGCGGACGCACCGUGUUCGAGGGCCUUCUGUCUUCGUUCCCCAAGCGCGUCGACUUGUGGAACAUCCUUCUGGAUCUGGAGAUCAAGAACGGCGACGCUGAGCAGGUGCGCCGCUUGUUCGAGCGGGUGCUCGGCAUCCGGGAUAACAAGAAGGGCGGCCCGGCCAUCGAGGCUAGCAAGAAGGUUCGCCCGAAGCAGGCGCGCUUUUUCUUCAAGAAGUGGCUGGCGUUUGAGGAGAAGCUUGGUAACGACAAGAUGGUCGAAGAUGUCAAGGCCAAGGCCGCGGAGUACAUCAAGGCCGUGCAGCAGGAGUAAAGCCAGUACUAGGUACAGCACAUGUAAGGCGGGUAUUAUCCAGGGGUUACGGGACAUUAAGGAAUUCUUUUGUAUAUACAUAAAAAGCCAUUUUUUGCAAUAAGGAUAUUGUCUUU